UCCAGUGGCCACCCGGCAACACUGGUCAGCCAUGGAUUUGCUACCUCCAAUCAAAUCAAGUGAAUUUAAAAGUUAGUUUAAAAAAACUUGUCGGAUCGAACGGUGCGUUACCGGGUUCCGCGGCGCGUACUUUCAAAACCCCUCCGAAAGUCCGUAAAAUCAGCGCGCUGUUUUCUAGACUCCUUCCUUCCCGCAAACCCCUUCCAAUCGGCAGAGCAACGGCACUGCACCAAUCAAUUCCCUUAACCUAACCAUAAAGCCAGGCGAUUGUGCAAUCGAAGGUGUCUCGUCCUACAUAUAUAAUCCACCUGUACAAUGAUCCGUAUCCGAAUCGGAAUGGCGAUUCUGCCCUGUUUAAUACUAGCCACCUGCCUUCUGACAGUCCACGGAACACCACUGGAAUGGGACUUCGCCGUCACGCUGAGGUCGAGGAUCCAGUUCAUGGACAGCAAUUGGCAGACGAUAGCCACCGCCGCCCACGAGUUCGACGAGCUGUCCGCCCUAACCUUCGACGAAUCCGAGGAGCUGAUCUACUUUAAUGACCUGAAGCACCAGAACGGCAGCAUAUUCUCCCUGAAAAGGGAUCUCCUAGCCGCCUCCCAUGUGGUGGAGCAGACGAUCGCACGCACGGUCAACGAAACCGUGGGCGGACUGGCCUACGAUCCACUCACCAUGAACCUCUUCUGGUCGGACACCGAGCACAGGAAAAUCUUUUUCGCACCCAUCCGCGGCUCGGCGGCGCCCAAGGUCCUGGUGGAUCUGAGUGCAGAAGGAGGCCGCCCAGAUGGCGUGGCCGUGGAUGUGUGUCGUCGAAAGCUCUACUGGACCAACUCGAACCACUCAAAGCCCACUGUGGAGCGAAUCAAUCUGGAUGGCAGCAACAGAACCACGAUCGUUAACUCCUCCAUCCAUAUGCCAAAGGGAAUCGUGGUGGACCAAUUCUCAGAUCGUCUCUUCUGGAUUGACGACCUCGACGGCAUAUACUUUUCGGUGGAGAGCUCCAAGUUGGACGGUUCCGAUCGUCAGUUGGUGCUGAAGGACAAAAACCAAGAACCCCUGAAUCUGGCUGUGACCAACGACGCCAUUUACUGGACAGACAAGACCACCAAGGCGGUUUGGAGUCAUCCAAAAGUCCGAGUGAUUAAGGUUACCACCACUGCCAAACCGGAUGAGGAGGAGGAUUCCACGGAUAAGACGAACUUUGAUCCCGAGCCGGUGAUCGAGGCCAGUCCGCUGGUACGCGUGGCCAAUCUUAGCGAAGAGGCGCGAGGAAUUGUGGUGCGCACUGGUUUCUACCAAAGACUCCAGAAGGACCACCACUGCGCCAGCAUUGUGCGCAAGGUUAAGGAGCGUUUGGACGAGCAGGUCAAUAAAAAGGAAAUACGCACUGUGCUGGACCAGAAGAUGAAAGUUCUGGAGGACGAGCGCUGCAUGAACGGAGGCGAAUACAAGGCGCACACCGAUCUGUGCAUCUGUCGGACCGGCUUCAAGGGAUCCCGCUGUGAGAUCCGCGAGUGCCACAACUACUGCAUUCACGGCACCUGCUACAUGUCUGAGCAGGCCUACCCCAAAUGUUUUUGCCAGCCGGGAUUCGAGGGCGAGCGCUGCGAGGUCAGCAUGUGCACUGGCCUGUGCCUCAAUGGCGGACACUGCCGGCUGUCCAAGAACGAGAAGGAGGCGCCCAGCUGUGAGUGUCCUUCCAACUUCGGAGGAGCACGUUGCGAGCAGAACUCCACGGAAAUCUGCUCCCUCUUUUGCCGCCUGCUAAAACACGAGCCGAAGACCUAUGUGCCUUUCGGCUGUCAUGAUAUCUGUGAGGAACUGGCCCAGGAAAACAGCACAGAGAUCGCCGUUCCGCAAUUUAAGCACUUGGAUGUGUGCAUCACGCCCACAGUAUGGACCAGCAGCGUGAUCAUCAUCCUGGUCGUGGGCAUCACGACUAGCUUGCUGCUCCUGGCCGUCAUCGUCCACGGAAUCCGUCGCCUGUACAAACCCAAGCGACCGCGCAUCAGGAAGACCUUUGUGGUGCGCAAGCAGGCCAGGACCAACUCGGCGGGAGACACGCCGCUGACCAACCGCCCACUGGCCACCGAGCAGUGCGAGAUCACGAUAGAGAACUGCUGCAACAUGAACAUCUGCGAAACGCCCUGUUUCGACCCCAAGCUGGUGGAGCAGACGCUGGCCAAGUCCAGCUGCAAGGAGGACAAGAAGAUACUCAUCCACAACAUGGAGGAUGACCUGUACUAGGGCGCGGCGGACGGAGAACGACCUGCCCCCCCAAAAACUGAACCUUGUGAUAGUCGUCGUCGUCGAGUGCGGAUUGGUAUUCGAGCUUGAAAAGCUGCUGCCCGCCCGGCCCUCGACCCCGUUAGCCGCCAAGGUGCUCACCCAGGCAACCAGCAACCAGCAACUAGAAAUCAACCAAUCACCAACAGCAACAUGCAACUAGCAACAUGCAACACCAGCAGCAAAAGCAACUUAAAACUGAUGAGCCUGGAAAACUUACUUAACACUCGCCAAACCAAACCAUUUACUUAAGCCGAAGCAACAUGUGUACUUAGCGAUCCUGGGAGGCGUGCUUCGGUCUCGCUAAUUUAUUCGUAGGAUCAUUUUAUCCCAGGACUAGGAUUUUUAGCUCAAAGCUCCAUCUAAAUUUGUGAACCAUUUUUUAGAUGUUUUUUAUUUUUGAUUCGAUUUUUAUUUUGAAUUCGUCAUGUUGAUAUAAAAGCAAGUCGCGCGACUGACAUUAGCUUUAAAAAGAACGGAAUACGCACGGAUACCAAGAGCCUGUAGAUCGUAAUAGACCAUUGUGAUUGUGAUUACUUACACCAUAAGCUGUUGUAAUUAACCCUUUCAAGUGAGUCACUGUUCAAGUUCCUGCACCCCCUUGUGAAAAAAAGAAAACAAUAGAUAGAUCCCCCUCCCACUAAUCUGCGAAAU